AUGUUUCCUCAUAUUUAUCAUGGCUACAUUCCGAACGCACAUCAACCAAUCAUUAAGGCCAAAAUCGAUCAUUAUGGGUAUUGCAAAGAGAACCAACAUUCUUCGGUACAAAGCAACUCGGAUCAAGCAUCACUCCCAACCGAACGACUGAAAUCCUUUGAUCCUCGGAGUAUUACGACUAACAUUUGUGUCUCUAUGGAUCACGCUUUCCACAAGACACACAAAUCCCGAAUAGAGAAUUUAAUGAAUCAUGUUGAAUCUGUUGCAACAGCAACAUCUCGCUCAAUUGAAACCAAGAAACAGUCAAUAAUUCCCAAUUCGAACAUGUUCAUUCGAAAGAAUUUGUCUGACACCACCAGCGGAGACUUCAAAAGACAUCAAACAAAGGACUUUCCUUCUCGUGUCACUGCUCAACAGGUGGAAUUAAGAAAGGGACCUGAGAUUGCAUCUCAACACCGUUGGUCAUUCACAAGGAGAGAAGAUCCUAACAAAAACGCAAAACCCAAUGACUACACAACCAAGCAUCAUCUGGUCAAGUCGUGUGUUAGUGAGGAUUUUAAAGUUUCAACCAUCACCAAAUGUCCAAAAGGAAAGAUGGAGCAUAUAUCUCCUGUGCGAACAUAUCCUAUGGCAGAAGGAUCCACUAAUGCCACACCGUCAUCGUACUCUGUUGAUUACAACACGCAUCGACAUGAGUUAAAGAGCAGCACCUCUGAUAUUGAGGGCGUGCACCGUGACAAUAACAAGUAUCGAAUUCAAGGUUAUUCAGGACAUAUUCCUGACGAGAACAAUCAUACAGUCUAUGGAAGACCAAACACCACACUAGCGAUUGUCACAAGUAAGGACGAGAAGGAUAAAAAGAGUCUCAGCACAAAACAAUCUCUCUAUCGAAAUGACGGAACUAUUCUACCAACAAAAGGUCACACUUUUCUUUCCUCGAACUAUGGCUCUGAUCACAUUCCUGGUUACAUGGGUUAUGUGGAGAAAACUGUUUAUGAUAGGUCCAAGGUAGAAAGAGUGGCUCGACAGGAUCAGGAACUUGUGAAAACUAUUUCAACUGUGUCUGAGGUGGCUCAUCCCAACAUCACAAAAGCGAAUUUUAUGAAACAAUGGCAAAACGAUUCUCAGUUAAGGCAACUCUUUGGGGAGUUCAAAGACAAGUCAAAUUUUAGAAAAAACGCGAUGGUGAGCGAAUUCUUUUCCCAUCAAUGUGGAGAGUUUAUGCCAAGCAGCGAUGGAAAGACCAACGCAGAAAUGUUUUAUUCGAGCAAUAAACGAUUUUGA